AUGACAUUUAAUACGGAACAAGAAAUUUUUCAAUUUCAGGGUAGAUUGUUAAAAUUAUCCCAUUCAUCCCUGACUACCAAUACAAAGAUGGAUGUAAAUGUAUUCCUUCCCCCUCAGGCAUUGGAAACAUCGUCUUCAAAAACUCCAGUCUUAGUUUAUUUGUCGGGAUUAACUUGUACACCUAACAAUGCGUCGGAGAAGUCCUUUUUGCAAUACUUUGGUACUAAAUAUGGGUUUGCUGUUGUUUUUCCAGACACCUCACCAAGAGGUGCUGGUAUUGCAGGAGAGGACGAGUCAUAUGACUUUGGUACUGGUGCCGGAUUUUAUCUUGAUGCUACGGAGGAGCCAUGGCUGAAAAAUUAUAACAUGUAUUCUUAUGUUCAUAAGGAAUUAUUGACCGAAUUGGCUAAACAGUUUUCUCAAUUAGAUUUUGAAAACAAAAUUUCGAUCCUUGGCCAUUCCAUGGGAGGAUAUGGUGCUUUGACAGGUUUCUUUAAGAAUCCAGGUAAGUACAGAUCUGUCUCUGCGUUUGCACCAAUUUCAAAUCCUCUGAAUUGUCCUUGGGGAGAAAAGGCUUUUGGUAACUACUUAGGAAAAAAUAAGCAAGCCUGGUAUGAAUACGAUCCAACACAUUUAAUCAAAAAUUAUUCGAACGGUAACCAGCCUGAUAUAUUAAUACACCAAGGAUCAAAGGAUGGAUUUUACCACAAAGAUCAUCAAUUACAACCUGAAAACUUUGUAAAGGCUGCCAAAGAAGCGGGAUACAAGGGUAAUAUUGAUUUGAGAAUUGUAGAUGGUUAUGAUCAUCUGUACUUUUUCAUUAGUAGUUUUGUUGAAGACCAUGCUAAACAUCACGCUAAAUUUUUGGGUUUAUUAGACUAG